AUUACUGUUGCAGUGAUCAUCAGAAGAUAAAACUGGUACUGGCACCAGAUGGAGCUAGACAAAUCUUAACGAUAGAGUCGGAACACAGAGUACACUGUACACGCAUUAAUUCAAUAGGAGUAAUGUGUUAAAUGCACUUUAAACGUCCUUCAGUGUCAAAGUUGUGUUUAUAAAAUGAAUCACUUCUGUGCAACGAUGAUGAAUAAUAAUGGUAAUAUUAUUGAGAAAGAAUGCGUAUGAUUAUGAGCCUGAUUGCGACCAUUUGCGACAUAAGGUGAUAGAUUGAAUGAGGUACAGCUCUGAAUUCGUUCGAGGGUUGGGGGUACUCCAAGUCGAAGGUGCCAUAAAAAUCUGCCGGCAAGUGCAAGUGUUGAAAGCAGCGUUUAGGCGUUGUCAGUAAAAUUGUACGAGCAUUCUUGCAAGUUUCACAAAUAUUAUCUCGGCUUGAUGUCGAAACGCUACCUCUGAGAUUAAUGAUCUAUUAAUCGCACUAUGUUACCGUGUUCCCUACCCAUAGUAAUUCGGGAGAUUUUAUUUUGAUAAGUAAAAACCGGGCUCAGUGCCACGGCUCGGUCGUCAUUAUGAAAAAUAACCAAAUAAUGCGUACCGUUCUCUCCAUCACCGCUCCCAUCAGCUGAUCAUCAAACUGACAUGUGAGUUUAGUUUGUUGGAAUCGUCUCUACUUAUGGGUUUCAAAUGCUUACUCCAAAAUAUCCAUGAAUUGAAUACGGAGAGGGAGAUCGCCAGAACGAGAAAGUUUGAGAAGGUAGUAAAGUAGUGUUAGGGUGGAAAAAAGAAGAGAAAAUUUUUUAUACCAGAAGUUGGAGAUUGUCAAACGAUGGGCAAUAAGAAUAGUUGCUGUGUUUACGCCAGCCCUCAAACAGGGCGAAAGGAAUUGGGAGGAGAAUGCGGUGGACGUGGCUUGGAGGAACAUCUACCAGAGGGUGAAAUCAGCGCAAAUAAUUUACAACACAUUAGCGAGCGUGAACCCGAAGACUGGGACUCAGAUCCUUCAUUGCACCCUUGUGCAGGCACAAUAUUCAUGGAGCGAUCCAAACAAGCUAUUGAAAAUGGAAUGGUCAGAAAGAAAAGUCAGCACCAAAUUGCAGACACAAGGACACUCAAGAAAAGUAGUAGCUGCAGUACAAUAUAUCUCGAUGACAGUACUGUGUCACAACCUAAUUUGAAAAAUACGGUCAAAUGUGUUGCCUUAGCCAUAUACUAUCACAUCAAAAAUCGAACAUCGCAACGUCAGAUAGAUAUAUUUGACGAAAAGCUCCACCCACUUACGAGGGAUGGAGUUUCCGAUGACUAUGACCGACACAAUCCCGAGCAUAAACAGAUAUAUAAGUUUAUUAGGACAUUGUUUAAUGCUGCUCAGCUGACCGCAGAGUGUGCCAUUAUAACUCUAGUAUACUUGGAACGGCUUCUAACUUACGCGGAAGUUGACAUUACUCCUGCUAAUUGGAAGCGAAUAGCACUGGGUGCAAUACUACUGUCAUCCAAGGUCUGGGAUGAUCAAGCCGUUUGGAAUGUUGACUAUUGUCAAAUUCUAAAAGAUAUUACCGUAGAGGACAUGAAUGAGCUGGAACGGCAAUUUUUAGAGAUGCUGCAGUUUAAUAUAAAUGUUCCAUCGAGCGUUUAUGCAAAAUACUACUUUGACCUCCGCUCACUCGCCGAGGCCAAUGAAUUAACAUUCCCUAGCGAACCGCUUAGCAAGGAGAAAGCGCAAAAGCUCGAGGCCAUGUCAAGGGUAUAUGAAGACAAAGUGACAGCAGAGGUUCUGCGUAAUGGUAUUAAAAAGUGGUCUAGCUUAGACAAUGUGUGCAUAGGUGGACCUAGGCGUAGUAUCGCUAUACUUUCCUAAACUCAUUAUGGCAAUUAAUGAUGAUUCUACGCUCACACUUCGGGCAUUGUUAUAUCAAAAGUGGUGUUGUAUUAAGCCAAGAUGCGUUUAAGGCUCGGUCCAUGGGUCGGUUAAUCAAUAUUCAGAUGUAAUAACUAAAAAAAGAUGAUCAUUGAUUCGAGAUGAUAGUAAAUGAAAUUCCGUUAAUUUGUUAACUUGAUAAAUUCUCACUAGUCAAAGCAUCAAAUCAUUUUUCAUCCCGAUCAACGAGUAAAGAUCAUUAUUGAAAUUGCCCUUGAUUGAAUUCUUCAUAAGUUAUUGAUAUAUAAUUUCUAUAAAUUAGUUUCUAAUCAUCUCCUCAUUUACUACUAGUUCACUUUUAACUGUACAUUUUAUAAUUAAAAUAAUUGGUGUAAUGUUGCAUGUAAUAACUCGUAAGUUCAAAAUCCCUGUCAUAUAUGACACAAAGCUUACGAUACAUUCAGGUCAGAUCAAUGGGCAUCCAUGAUGCUUGUGGGAUUCGAUUUGUGAAUUUCUUCCAGCUAUUCAUCAAGCCAAAAUAAUCGAAAGUUAUGAACAAAUACUACAAUGUAACGCCUCAAUUAGAAUUUAGAAAGCCAAAUUAAUUCAAACUUGAUUGUAAGGCGUCCAGCAUUUUAUCGAACUAUCCAAUAGAUGAAAAUGCUGAUUUCGUUUGUGACACAGUUUUAGCUACAAAAUCAUCCUUUGAGUGAACUGAAACAUGGGAAAGGUUCCGAGAUUGAUAAUGCCAAGCCCACAACCUUGGUCAAAUGAACAUUUUCCCACAUUUCUAGUCACAUGACUACACACUUUAAUACUUGAAUAACGCAUAUGCUUGUCGUAAUGUUGCUUACACAAGGGGUGAUUUUGUAGGAAAAGUUCAAAUAAGAAAUUUUAAUCCCUACGCUUUGCCUCCCUGAUAUUGCAUGAUUUUAAUGAACACAAUGCAUAUCACUUGAAGAUUCAUCCAUAUUUUCACUGUCUAACAUAUUGCACUGUUUCGUAAUUGAUACAAUUGACAAAAAAUCUUAUUAAGAUGCCUCAAAAAUAGACUACAGGUAUCAAACGUAAAUGUCAAACAGACAUUACUCAUCGAAUCUGUUCAUGAACUUCGAUAGGUGGUGGAAAGUGGUAUGAAAAUUAAUCUCCAUCGUUAAUAUGACAGCAAUGAAAUACAAAUUUUAUAAUCUUUUUGAUAGAAUUUGUUACAUGUCCAUGCGUAAAAGAUUUUGAAUGUCGAUAAUUCAAAAUGAUCUUGCGAGGCUACAACCUUUGGCAGUUUUAUUAGAAAAUUAUAUAUUUAUUCAUUUACAUAGUAUCAAUAGGUACAUCAUCGAUACUGAAUGGCAUAUAAUUCGAUCGUUUCUGAUCGCAGUAAUUGCCCAAAUUUUUCACUCUUAUUUGUUACUACUAGAAUUUGAGAUCCCAAAAGUGGAAUGAAAAUUGAAAGUACUUUACAUAUUUUGCAGAGUACGUCGACUCUAAUAGACUGGAAAAAUUCUCUGGGCGGUGUUUAGUGUAACUGGCUAGGUGUACUACCAUGCAUUGAUUAACGUGUGAAUGUGUAGAAUCACCAUUACAGCUUUUCAAUCUUCCAUCCGUUGCAAUCUGUCCUGCAAUUUUUUUACUCCAUGCUUCAAUCCUGCCACCAAAUGAUAUAUUGAGAGAAAUAAUAUGCUCUUUGAAUAAAAAUUUGUGAUAUACAACUGUCAUAAUAAGUUUUUUAACAGUAAAAGAAAAAAGAAUAAGAAAAAUAUUGAACUACCAGCAUUUUACUAUAAAGGAUGAGAAAAAUAAAUUACGCAUUACGUUGGCGUGUAUUGAUUUUUAAUAAUGAGCUUUAAGCAAGCAAAGUAUGUGACAAAUGGAGCAGUGUUAUAAAUCAACAAGAGCCAGCGUAAUCUGUUCGGGUGCUUUAAAGUAUAUAUUAGUUGUGAUAUUAAUAUUGUAUACUUUUAUUAUUCAAUUGUAAUAGCCAAAAUAUUUAAAAUGAAAAAACAUACUUUAAAGCGUCUUAAUAAAAGUCCUAAACAAGGGAUUAUUCCCUUACGCUAGAUUCUUUCUAAACAUUACACUAACACUAUAUUCUUUUCGUUAUUUUCCACGUACUUAAUCGCUGGAAAAGUACGUAACAAAUUUGUUACUACGAUCAUUUAGACUGGCAUUUUUUAAGUAAUUUGUACGCUCUAUUUUUCAUUAAUAUCUAACGAUCAAUUAGAAUAUAUUGUAUAUUUUAUAUGGUUUCGUGUGAAUAUGUUAUCGCUAAAGCUCGAAAGCUGUUAUUAUGCACAUUAUCAAGCUAAUCAGCGGAUUAACUGUACAGAUCACUCUAGUUAAUCCGCACAUUACCAAGGUAGUCUCUAGAAUAACUGAUUUUCGCACUUGAGCGGUAACGAAUACACUGACACUAUGACCGUUGCUGGGUGUCCUAUUCCAGUUGUCGAAACUAACAUUUCUAUUAGAGAUAAAAUGGUUUUUCUCUUCUCAAAUCGUAUGAGCAAUUUUUAUCUACAGUACCAAUAUUAAGAAUAAGUCAUUCGGUUGAAUCUAUGGGAUUACGAUUAUUAAUAAUUCCAUACAAACUAUUAAAUGAAAGUUAUAUAUGUAUAUACAUUUCUACUUUAUUGUAUUGGAAAUGAAUGAUUUUAUAGCUCGACACCUAGAAAUAAACGAUAAAUAGAAUA